AAAAGUACACACAUCUCCCAGACUUGACACACGACUGGAUAUAAAUAACUCGGGAAUCACGGUCGUGUAGCACGGUUACGAAAUUACCUAAAUGUGCAUUACACGCCGAAUGGGUGUCGGAAGCAUAUGUUUUUUGGACAAAUUGUUGUGGUUUUUUUUGUUUUUAAAUCGUCAACAUGAGCUUAGAGAGGAGAUCUUGUACGGGAUCAGCUCCUCAUGUCACUAAAAGGCUGUGUGCGACGCUGGUGUUUUUUAUCGGUGUUAUUUGUGUUUUUGGAGGCUAUUUACUAGGACGCAUGGCCCGGAACGAGGUGAGGCGGAGCAGCGACAUCGUGCCCAUUAAUCUCACUAUCGCAGCCGAAAUACUGUACAAAAAGGCCAAUCGCGUAUCACCCAAAGCGGUGCACCACAAUAAUCCAGAAAAAAUAACCGCCAAAUUGUUGGACGCAUUCCACUGCACCGCGCACGAAUGUGGCGUGCACGGCAUUACAAAUAACAAUGUCGCAGAUUUCGUUAAAACUUCAAUACAUUACCACGUUACUAAAUUGAUAAGGUCAAUUAAUAACGCGUCCGUUUAUUUGGACUCGUUAAGAUGACAUUGGUCGUUCAGUCCACCUUGCUAAAUGUUUAAUUGUUACAUUUCGUACUCCACGGAGAGGACGUCUGAUAACGAUACUAUUGGAAGAUGGGACUAAUUAGGUUAAACAGUUUUUUUUGUAAUUAUAUUAUUUUAUAUAUAAUAUUUUUAAAUUAAAUAUAACAAUUUCUUAUUA